UAGCAGCAGCAGCAGCAGGAGCACUCAGGACAUCAUGGCCUUGCUGCGGCAGAUAUCCGGGGUGCUGAACCGGGGUGGUUCAUUGUCUAAAGGUGUCUAUCCUUUACUUCCGGGAAAGUAUGGAAUACAUCCGUCGCACUUGAGGCUUUUAUCCGGUCUGAAUUCCGGUUCGAGACAGGGACGCAUUGCCGCUGGAGAACACACCCUGCUGGUAGUGCCCGGGAAUUGGCAUGAUUCCAAAAGGCGAGGCUAUAAAAAUUUCGGCCACCAAGAUGAAAAGGAGCCAAUGUACACGAAGCUUUUUCUCGUGUUUCUCUCCACCGUAAUGGUGGGUUCAUGCCUUGACUGGAAGAAACUGGGUGCAGCAGUUGGUUGGCCUAAGGUUGACGCGGAUGCCGGUGUAGAGAUGGGAAAGAAGACCAGCUCCCAAGAGCUGGAACAGGAAGAGGAGGAGGAUCCGGAUAGUGACGUAGAUGCACAAGGCAAAAAGAAAAGCCGUAAGGAAAAGAUCGGUUUUCGUGAUAGAAAGAUCAUCGAGUACGAGAAUCGAUUGCGCACGUUCGCAACGGCGGACAAGGUGUUUCGCUACUUUUCCACGAUCAAGCUGAUACACGGGGAAACGUCCACGGUCUAUAUGACACCGUACGACUUUCUGCGCGCAAUCACACCGGGCAUGAAACAGCCGGAGGGACUUGGAUUGGAUCAGUACAAGCGGUAUGAUGCCAAGAGCGUCUCCACCCGUCUGGAUCUGCACCUGGACAGCGAUAGCAUCUUUUACAAGCUCGGUGCGUACGGGUUGAUUUCAUUCUCCGAUUACAUCUUCCUGCUGACCGUCCUGUCGACAUCCCGGCGGCACUUCGAGAUUGCUUUCCGGAUGUUCGACCUGAACGGUGACGGCGAUGUCGAUAGUGAGGAGUUUGAAAAGGUUGCCAACCUAAUCCGUCAGCAAACGAGUAUUGGUAAUAGACACAGAGAUCACGCGAACACGGGCAACACGUUUAAAGUAAAAAAAGGUGUUAACUCAGCCCUGACGACGUACUUCUUUGGACCGAAGAACGACGAGAAGCUUACGAUCGAGAAGUUUCUCGACUUUCAACAACAGUUGCAGCGCGAAAUUUUAACGCUCGAAUUUCUGCGCAAAAAUCCGGACGAGAAUGGGAACAUUAGCGAGGCGGACUUUGCGGAAUUGUUGCUAGCGUACGCUGGCUACCCACAGAAAAAGAAAGUGAAGAAGAUUAAGCGUGUGAAGAAGCGAUUCCGUGAUCAUGGAUCGGGCAUUUCGAAGGAAGAUUACUUAAACUUUUUCCACUUUCUUAACAACAUCAAUGACGUGGACACAGCGCUAACGUUUUACCACAUUGCUGGUGCUUCGAUUGAUCAGGAUACACUGAAGCACGUUGCCAGGACGGUGGCAUUGGUGGAGCUUUCAAGCCACGUGAUUGAUGUGGUGUUUACAAUCUUCGAUGAAAAUAUGGACGGACAGUUAAGCAAUCGAGAAUUUGUAGCGGUAAUGAAGAACCGUUUGCUUCGAGGGCUCGAGAAACCGAAAGAUACUGGAUUCGUUAAGCUAAUGCAUUCGAUACUGAAGUGUGCCAAGGAUACGAAACCCGUACUGCUGGAUCUUUAAGCAUAAGC